GGGGUCACUAGGGGUCGGUCUGGGCUCUCCCUUGCGAACCUCUGACGCUUGCAUUCCAUGCGAGCGAAUCCCUGGACCGCCGGCAAAUGGGACGACCCAGCGACCGCCUCCGCGACGCGCGCCGCCCUCGAAUCCGUACACUACGCUAGGCAGUUACGCAGUACGGAAUAUUACCGUACAGAAAUCCCGCGGUGUUGUCGUCGACCAGAGAGACCGGCGGCGUACCUCGUGACGAUGCAUCGGUCCCUAGCGCACAUCUCGUAGUCCCAGUCCCGUCGACCAGAAGGUUCCCUGUUUUUUUGCAGCACAACACGAGACGGGGGGCCCGCCAUGACGGACGGGAAUGCCAGCCCUUCUUCAAAUCUCCCACCCCAGCGCCCAACGCGACACUCGAGCUCCCCCUACCGCGAGGCCAACGCUCCAGAUUCCUCCGUGCUGACCGCUACCACGUCCUCGGCUGCCGACGCCGAAACCCACGACCAGCAACCCCCGACCUCGACCUCGACCUCGACCUCGGCCAACCGCGCGCUUGUCGAAAACCGGCUCUCGGGCACCUAUCGCGCACACAAGCAUCGCUCCAGCGGCGGCUUCCUCCUCGCCGAUCCUCUCAACCGCCAGGGCUCUACACGGCACCGUGAUACAGAAAAAUACCCCGCGGAGAAGCGGCAGCGGAUAUCUGUCGAGCAGCAUGCCUCCGCGGGCGCCCAGCACGGCCAGAGGGUACCCCAAUCGACGGUUGCCUCGAGCAGCAGGCAGGGGCCAGCAUUCGAGGCACCAAGGCCCAGCGUCCCGCCAGACGAGGGCUCAGGGCUUCUGACCACCAUGACGAAACGUAACGGCUCUUUGGCCGGCAACGCUACCAUCGAAUCGUCCCCGCAGACGGGCAUGGCGCAGCUCGACGUGGAGUCGGCCCAGAUCGUCAGCAUGGCCCUGAACCUGAGCGAGUCGAGACGGCUGGCCUCCCGGAGGAACAUCUCGCAGCCGGCACCGCCCAGGCUUGCGCCCUUCCCCGACAGCACUCCGGGAGGCAGCCUCCGAUACCACCUCCAGCAGCAGAGGAAGAUGUCGCGUACCGCCUCCCCCAAGCCCGACCGGUCUCCGAGAAUCGGCGCCGGCGGGAGGUUCACGCCCCUGCAGCCGGCAUUCGAUCCCGGAGCUGGCUUCCGCUACCACUUCUCGACGUCCACACUCGCCAGGGCCCAGAAAGCCAAGGAAUACCUCGAGCUCAUGGCGCAGUACCGGCGCCUGCUCGAGCUCGUCCCGCCCCUCGAACCACGCCCGGCAGCGAGGCCUUGGAGCCCCACGCCCCCGGUCUCGCCAAAUAACUCGGCCCCGGUGUCGAGGGCUUCGACCAACAACGACCCGGAGCCCAAGAUUGGGCGGCCGUACAAUCCGCUUCAGUAUGUGCGGAACCGCAAGGUGCGAGCCCGCGAGCGGAGGACCCUCGACGGCGAGGCCUUGGGUUUCAACGAUGUCAUGAAGGUGUCCGAGUGGGUAGACGAAGUGGCCAAGUGGGUGGCCACGGGCCAGGCCCGCCAGCCCGGCAACCCAGCCCUGCCUCCGUUUGCGGGUGCCCAAACGGCCGAGCUGCAAGCCUCCCCCCCCGCAGCAAACGCGAGGGCGCCCACAUCCAAGCCGAAGCGGCCGCGGGUGGACUGGGUGAUCGACCCCGCCGACCUGCUCGCCGACCUGUACUGGCUCGAGCUGGACGACAACAAGAAGCUGGUCGAGGACCGCCACUGGAGGCGCGUGUUUCCGCAGGGCCCUGAACCUCCCAGGCCCGCUUCCCACGAUGACGCGCUGCGCCUGACGACUCCGAACUCGGCAAAGGGCUCGCUCGACGCCCACGCCCUUGGCGAAAGGGCCACUCCAGACCCUCCGUCGUCGUCGACGACAACGAGACACGAGCAUGAGCACGUCCUGGAGGCCGCAAGAGAUCGGGCCCAGCAGAAGUUCCGGGCGCUCAGGGGCUCCCAUCACCGGCACACCAGCUCCUUCACGAAUCGCGACCUCCUCCGUCUCCGCCGGGGCUCGCUGUCCGAGUCGUCUGACACGGACAGCGACCGGCGACGGAGGGCCAAGGGGGCGCCGACCAACGCCGUCCGAUCGGUUCUCGAGAAGCAGAUGGAAGAGAUGAUUGCCCGCGAGCAGAGGGAAGCGGAAUCGCAUCCGCUCUACGACCACGAGGCGAGACGCCUGAGGCCUGCUGCAUCAAUGACCCCGGAGCGGGAGCCGCAGCCGCCUGCGUCUCGAGAUGCUUCCCAACGACGCCCGGCCGACACGCACCCCGAGCUGAGCGAAACCGAAGUCAGCGGCUUCGGACUCAAACCGCUCCCGUUGCCGAGGUCCCCGGAGCAGGCGACCGGGCGGACAAGCCUGGAUGUUCCGCGGGCCGGGCGCGCCUCGGCAGACGACGAUUACACGUCACAGCCCAACUCGCCGGGCCUGCGGCCAUCCCCAGAUAUUGGCCGGGUGCCGGCGCUCGGCAUGGAUCUGUCGCCCAUGUCCAGCCGGGCCGGCUCGCCGCACCGGAACCCGCUGACGAGGGUGAAGAGCAUCUUCCGGGACCGCAGCAAGGAACGCAGCACAGAGCCACCCGGGGAGGAUAUCGCCGCGACUCUCACCACCCCGGCGGACAGCGGGAUGGGCGGGAUGCCGGAGUCGGCCAGUGCCGUCUCCGGCCAUCACCAGCGACGGCCGUCGAGGAGCCCCAACGGCGAGCGCCCAUUGGGCCACCGGCCGCACAAGAGCCUCGGCAAUGUCAAGUUGCGCGGCGAGGAUGGCGGCAUUAGCCUGCGGUCGCUGCUCCGCGGGCCGCGCAUCGACACCGUGCUGCGCAGCGGCGUGUCCAAGGUCAGCGAAAUGCUCUGGCGCAAGGAGGGCGAUGACUCGUCGAGCACGUCGUCUAGCGACUCCGAGGCCGAGUCUCGAGGCAGGUCCCGCGGACCCCGGCCCGUCCGCAGUUUCUCCUUGGAGCAGGACCCGAAGCGCCUGCUCGACGCGCCCCAGCAGCUUGUGCCCGACUACAAGCUUCCUCAGCGCCAGCUCCAGCACCCGCCGGCCCGGCCCAUCAGCCGGCGAUCUUCACGCUUCGAGCUGCUCAAGCCGCCCAGGAUCGAUGUGCAGCAGGCCUCCCCGAGCACAUCGCCGCCCCCGGUGCAGGUACGCACGACGCACGAAGCCUCCGUCGGAUCGGCCGCCGCCGCCGCAGCCGCCGCCACAGCAGCAGCAGCAGCAGCAGCAGCAGCAGACUCGCAGGGCGGGCGCGACGGCACCCGCGCGGCCUCGGCGAACCUGAACGCCGCGCUCGCCCUCCCUCACCGUCCCGUCUCGCCCUCCAGCCGGCAGUGGUCCAUCACGGACCGUAGCAGCGCCUCCGGACCGGCGGCGGUCUCGAGGCGGGAGAUCGCCCGCUUGCGCGCGCUGGUGCUCAGUUCCGGCGUCCACGCGGCCGAGAUGGACCGGCGCGCCAAGGCCCGCAAACUGUUGCCCUCGCCCACCAUUUCUCGGACCGCCGCCGCCGCCGCCCCCAAUCACGCCAACCCCGCCGGGUCAUCAUCAUCCCUGACCUGGACCGAGAUCGCCAACCUCGCCCCGGAUGCCGCCACCAGGCAGCGCCUGCUCACGACGCCCCUCGCGCAGGCCGACCUGUACCCCGUCGCCGCCCGCACGCUCGCCGGCUCCGUCCAGGCGUCCACCGCCCAGUUGCAGGCCGCCACCUCCCGCUUCGCCACCGAGACGGGCCCGGCCCUCACGCACCGCGUCGAGUCGCUCCGCAGCAAGGUCGCCGAGGAGCUGACGGACCUCGCCCAGCUGGCCAUCGACGCGGCCGACGAGGCCAACCACGACCUGGUCACCAGCCAGCGACUCAAGGUCAAGAUGGUGGGCGACGCGAUGGACAAGAUGCUCCGCCGCCGCCGGCGCCGGUUCCGCUGGGUCCGCCGCGCCGGCUGGCUCGUCGUCGAGUGGGUCCUGGUCGGCUGCAUGUGGUACGUCUGGUUCCUCGUCAUGAUUGUCCGCGUCGCCUUGGGCAUCGGCAAGGGCGUCGUCAGGGGGGUGCGAUGGUUGCUGUGGUUGUAAGCCCGCAAGG